AGUGAUAAAAGAAAAGUGUGCUACAGAAUAUUUGUAAGAAAAAAGAUAUGUGUUUGUAAACAAAUACUCAAAAAGUAAAUAAAAAUGAAGAUGUGUGAAGAAAAUAUUUGAAUGCACAAGUGUUUGAACAGGUUUUCUAGACGGUGGAAACAAAACGAACAGACGGGCCGGCAGACUGGGCGCAUUGUUGAUCAACAAACUUGUACUAGCUAGGCGAGUAGGCAAGGUCUGCAGCUGUUACAUAUUUGUGUAAUAGUAAACAAGUGCAAUUUUGCCGGUCUCACGAGACUUUAACACAUUUGCUUUGCUGUAUGGUCUUCCGCUUGACCACUCUCGCGCUCUCGCUGUGUUUAUUUUACGCUCACCUACUCGCGCUGCGAACAGCUGAUCGCUGUAAUGUAAACAGACUGUUAACAGUCAAAAGAGCCGCAGCAUUAGGUACUGUUCACGAUUAACCUAUGUAACCUAACAGCGCUGACUGGUUUAGCAGCAUUGUUUAUUACAUUCUAACAUUAUAAGCUAAUUCAAAUAAGUUUGCGUACGCUAACCUCAUACGCGACAGAUUCCUUGAUGAACUUAUAAAUUAAGAUGAUGCGCAAUGCUGACCCCAUACGUUAAUAAGCGCCAGACGAGCGUGUUUAUACAGCAAGCGUUACACAAUUUACGCAAACUUUUAAAAUAUAAAAAUAAAAAAAAAAAAUAGAAAAUUGGUUUUGUAAUUUUCAAUGGAAUUUGUAAGCUUAGCGCUGACUUUUGUUGCCCUAUGGUUGAGCUCAACGGCUGCCAACACGAUUUUAGAUAACAUUUUUCAAUUGGGACUCGCGAAUGUAAUUGAACAAUUCAAUACGCCAACACCCCAACACAAUGCCGCUUACGACUUUAUAAUAGUGGGUGGUGGCGCCGCUGGCUGCACGCUAGCCAACAGGCUCUCUGAGAAUCCGAACUGGUCGGUGGUUUUACUUGAGGCAGGCGGCGUCGAAAACAUUGCACAUCGUAUUCCCAUAACGGCAGGUUUUCUGCAAGGCACACACUCAAAUUGGGGCUACAAAUCGGUUCCACAGAAACUCGCUUGCUUCGGCAUGAACAACAACGAGUGUGCAUUGCCACGUGGCAAGAUUUUGGGCGGCACAAGUUCCAUCAAUUAUAUGAUCUAUAAUCGAGGUAACAGACGCGAUUAUGACGGCUGGGCGGCUGCAGGCAGUAAAGGCUGGUCAUAUGACGAGGUGUUACCGUAUUUUCUCAAAUCGGAGAAUGCACAGUUGUCCGGCUUGGAAUGGUCGCCCUACCACAAUCACUCGGGACCAUUGAAUGUUGAAGAUGUCGGUUAUCGCACACAGUUUUCGCACGCCUUUGUGCUUGGUGCGCAACAAGCCGGACAUCCACACACCGAUUAUAAUGGCGAAUCGCAAGUGGGCGUGUCAUAUGUGCAGGCGACAACACAGAAUGGACGGCGACACAGCGCAUAUCGUGCUUUUAUCAGACCAGUGCGACGUUUGCGUCGGAAUUUGAGUAUUUUUACUUUCGCUCAGGUUUUGCGUGUGCUCGUGGAUCCACAGACGAAGGUGGCGUAUGGCGUGGAGUUUCUGCAUCAGAAAAAACAGUACAUUUUCAAAGCGCACAAGGAAGUUAUAUUGUCCGCGGGCGCCUUUAACUCGCCGCAACUUUUGAUGUUGUCCGGCAUAGGACCUGCGGAUAAUCUAAACGCUAUUGGCAUUCCCGUAAUACAAGAACUGCCUGUAGGCAAGCGCAUGUAUGAUCACAUGUCGCACAUAGGUCCUGUGUUUCUUACCAACACGACCGGACAAACGACAUAUCCGACCAGCAUUACAUUAAGCGAUAUCAAACGUUUCUUCUUAUUCGGCGAUCGAAACACGCGUCUCUCCAGCAUAGGCGGUGUGGAAUGUCUGGCUUUCGUUAAAAUACCCAGCUCGCAAAGACCACCCGAUUGGCCUGAUGUGGAGCUGAUAACAGUAUUAGGUGGCAUGGCUUCCGACGAUGGUACAGGUCUCAAGGAAGGCGGCAACAUACGUCAAGAUCUUUACGAUCAACUCUAUUUGCCGCUACAACUCGCACGCCAAGAACAUUUUACCGUGCUCAUCAUGGACUUUCAUCCGCGUUCAGUGGGACGCUUGUGGUUACACAAUCGCGAUCCCCUGCGGUGGCCAAUCAUCGAUCCGAAGUACUUUUCCAACGAAGAAGAUAUCGAACACCUUUUGGAAGGUAUCAAGGCCGCCAUACGCAUAGGCGAAACACCAGCUAUGAAGAGUAUUGGCGCGCGUUUGUAUGACAAACCGGUGCCCGGUUGUGAAAAUUAUCUUUUUGGCAGUGACGACUAUUGGCGUUGUUCUAUACGCACUUUGUCAUAUACGCUGCAUCAUCAGGUGGCCACCUGCCGCAUGGGUUCACCAACGGAUAAGACUACAGUUGUGGAUCCGCAGUUAAAGGUGCACGGCAUACGCAAAUUACGCGUCGUGGACACGAGCAUUAUACCCUUCCCGCCAACGGCACAUACGAAUGCGCCGGCGUUUAUGAUUGGUGAGAAGGCGGCAGAUUUAAUACGCGGUGAGUGGGAAGCUAAUUUCUGGUUGCAGAAGUGAGAUCUUCAAAUGCGCAAAACAAUUUCGGCAUUUGACAAAUAUGAGUUUAUAAAGACACACGAAGUGAAAGAUGAAGAUAACGUGUUAAAAGUCAUUUGUAUGUUUUAAUUAAUAUUUAAAGCAACUUGAGGUGUUGAAUGGACAAUAACCUGUUCGGCAAGAAUUUUAUUAUGGCAAAUAAUUGCUGCUUUUUUUCAGUUUGGAACGAAGUUUCAUGUUUAGAAUAAUAAAUUCAUACAUUAAAGGAAAAAUUGCAAAGAGUGAGUAACCGACAAAUGUCGACAAACGAAGAUUGUGAAAGGAACCCACAAUGGCUCGUAAUGAAAAAUAAAUGUAUUAAAAUUAAAUUAGCUCAUUAAUUUGUACAAAGCAAGAAAUGUAAUUAGAUGUUGGUUUUACAAAAAGCAAGAGAGAUCAAAACUUAAGUUCACCAAAAAACAUUCAUUAAAAUUAUUCUAUGUUAAGUUGUUAAGAGAAGUUUCGAGUAGUAUCUAGAUUUAAGAACAUUUUAAUUACACCAAAUAUA